UGUUAUUUAAUCGAUUUUUGUACGAACAUUUGGAAAUUCCUUUACGUAAGCUACACACAAAUUCCUGAACAAUCAAGUUCAACUACGGCAACAGGCUCUUUCACUAAUUACUUGUGUAUGAAAGGUUAAAUAUAUAUUAAAGAUAUACAUAUAUAGAUAACUGGUGUUCGACAAUGAUUGCCACCGCCGGACAGAAACAUUCGCGACCGAUCCGCGAUCAAUGCGGCUCCUGUCCGGAUCGCUUCGCUAGGGACAAGCGUCAAGUGGCAAUGGUAGAUUCCGAUACCACAGAAGAAGAAUCAUCAACGGAUGAGGAGGAACGCUGGAAGGAUGUGGCGCGAGCUGCCGAGAUUCCAGCCGAAUAUUACAACAUACAGAAGCUCGUCAAAUAUAUCAAAGCAGGCAAUCAAACAGCCACAAUUGUGAGCCUGUGCUGCCUGCAGGACUAUGAUUUGCGCAUACAAAUCAAUCAGUUCGCCAUCCAGGACAUUGGUGGCCUUGAUGUUUUGGUCAACAUACUCGAGUGCAACGACACCAAAUGCUGCCUGGGCGCCCUCACCGUUCUCUCCGAUAUAACGCUUAACAUUGACAUACGAAAGACAAUCGUGGAUCUAGAUGGCAUUCCACUGAUUGUCGACAUUCUGAACUCAUCUAUGAAGGACUUGAAAACUAUGGCCGCCGAGACGCUGGCCAAUGUCAGCAAGGUUCGUUUGGCACGCAAAUACGUGCGCCAGUGUGGCGGCAUUUCCAAGCUGGUCGACCUGCUGGAUAUCAAAAUGAGUAUCUUACAAACGCCACGUAAUCAGCUGACCGUCGAGGAGAUCGAGUUCCUGGACAUGGCACGGGCCGGCUCGCGUGCUCUUUGGACAUUGGCCGAUUCCAAGCACAAUAUGGAACUGAUGCGAAAGAGCGGCAUUGUGCCACUAAUGGCCAACUUGCUAAAGUCCGUACAUAUUGAUGUGGUCAUUCCGAUUAUGGGCACCGUAAAGAAAUGUUCGUCCGAGCCAAAAUUCCAGCUAGCCAUUACCACAGAGGGCAUGAUCGCUGAUAUUGUGACCCAUUUGAACUCGGAGUGCAUCGAUCUGAAAGUAGAGUGCAGCACGGCGCUCUAUAAAUGCGCAUUUGAUGCAACCACAAGGGAUUUGGUGCGAGAGGCGGGCGGACUUGCCCCGCUCGUUAGCAUCCUCAAGGAUAAGUCGGUGCGGGAUAAUAAGCCACUGAUCAGAGGCGCCACUGGCGCCAUUUGGAUGUGUGCCAUGUCUGAUGAGAAUGUGGAGCAAUUGGAUGACAUGAAUGUUAUUCAUCAUCUGGUGUCCUUGCUGGCCGACGAGUGCGAUGAGGUCUUAACCAAUGUCACUGGCGCUUUGUCCGAAUGCGUGCGCUUCCAGCAAAAUCGUGUGGCAGUGCGUAAUGCUAAUGGAUUGCCGGCAAUGGUGGCACUGCUUAACUCCUCGCACGCGCCGCUGCUCGAGAACUUAGCUACGGCAAUAAAAGAGUGCGCCGAAGAUCCAGAGAGCAUGCGUAUUCUAGAGCAAUUGGAUGCAGUACGUCUGGUUUGGUCAUUGCUCAAAAAUACAAGCCCCCGUGUCCAGGCGAAUGCCGCCUAUGCGAUUUGUCCGUGCGUACGAAAUGCUACGGAUUCCGCCGAGCUGGUGCGCAGCUUGGUCGGCGCAAUGGAGCUGGUAGUGGGUUUGCUCAAGUCCAAGGAAAUUAUGGUACUGUCGGCGGUGUGCGCGGCAAUUGCCACCAUUGCCUUGGACCAGACCAAUCUGGCCAUUCUGACAGAUCUUCGUGUCAUAUAUAAGAUCGCGGACUUGGUCAAUACAACGGAUGAUAUGCUGCGCAUGAAUCUGGCCGCUGCUGUCGCCGCUUGCGCCUGUUUCGGCAACAACACCGAAGAGCUGGGACGCCUUCGCACCGUAACACCCAUUGUCACCUACAUGACCAGCGAGAAUCCCAUGGUCCAUCGCACCACGGCCAUGGCGCUCGAGAAGCUCUCGAUGGAUCCACAAAACUGCAUCACCAUGCACCAGAGCGGUGUGGUACCCUUUCUGCUGGAAUGCAUUGGAUCCACCAAUAAGGAACUACAACUGGCAGCCGCUGGCUGUCUACGCAACAUACGUGAGCUCGCACUGCGCGCCGAAGAGUAUAUGCUUAAGAUUGACGAUGAUUAAAACGUUGGCUUUCGCCAAGAGCCCUGGGGCCUUAUGCUUUAGCCCAGGUCGAUAACUAUUUUUAUGCUUUGAAUGUUUAAAUUUGUUGCAAGUGCAAAAAUAUAUGUAGC